GCGGGCGGCUCCUCCCCAGCUCCGGCCCGGGACAGGCGCGAUGGCGAGCAGCGACAGCAACCACGCCGUGGAGACCUUCCUCGGCUCCGAGGAGGACGAGGAGGCGCCCCCGGGCCUGGAGACCGAGGAGGAGUCGGAGGGCGAGGAGGACGAGUCGGUCGCGGAGUCCGAGGAGGAGCCGGACGCCAGGUUAUCAGAUGAGGAUGAAGAGGGAAAGACCAAGGAACAGUGUAUCAUCUCGGACCCUUCCUUUUCCAUGGUAACGGUUCAACGGGAAGAUAGUGGAAUCACCUGGGAGACCAAUUCAAGUGGGUCUUCGACUCCAUGGGCCUCAGAAGAGAGUCAGACGUCUGGUGUGUGUAGUCGGGAAGGGUCAACCAUGAAUUCUCCUCCUGGGAAUGUUUCCUUUAUUGUGGAUGAAGUUAAGAAGGGUCGGAAAAGAAAGCCCAAGUCAAAGCAUGGUUCACCAUCGUUGCGGCGGAAAAGCAACAAAAAAAGAAAUUCUUUGGAAUCCCAAGAUGUUCCAGCAGACGAGAAAGGCACUCCUUUAACUUCAGAGAGCCAGGCACUAAACACCCAGAAAGAAAAUUUUUCUACUGGAAUUUAUGAUAGAACAAGAAAAAAGAAGACCACCUCAAAUACGCCUCCUAUCACUGGGGCAAUUUACAAAGAACACAAACCGUUCGUGUUAAGACCAGUCUACAUAGGAACAGUACAGUAUAAAAUUAAGAUGUUUAAUUCCGUUAAAGAGGAAUUAAUUCCUUUGCAAUUUUAUGGGACAUUGCCAAAGGGUUAUGUAAUUAAAGAAAUACAUUAUAGGAAGGGGAAAGAGGCAUCCAUUAGUCUAGAGUCUGAUUUGGACAAUCGUGAUUUUAAUAGAGGCUUUAAAACAAGUAGAUUAGGAGCCCAAAGCACAGGAGAUGAUAAAAUAAAAGAGCCUGCAUCACCCUGGAGAGGUGCACUCUCCUCCAAAGCAUCGAAGUCUCUAACCUCAUUGAGUCAUGAAGAUCAGAAGAAAACUUAUGUUGAUUCUCCCCGGAAGGCCACAUCUGCUGCUGAGCAUACAGUUUCCUCCUUGACGGCUAAUGACACAGCAGUGCAGGAAACUGAGCAUCUCACUUCACAGUCAGUGCCACCACACCCAAGCACAGAAACCAAGCCCAGUGAAAUGGAGCCUACCUCUCUCACCCCGGAUACACCAGCAACGGUGCUCCUGGAAGCAGCCAAGGAAGACCUUGAGUCUGAUUCACAAGAACUGGUAACUGCAGAGCAUGACUCCUUAGUCUCUCCACCUUUGGUGGAAGAGGUGGAGAAGGAAUUCGAGGAUUCUUCCAAUCUUUCUGUUUCCCUGGAGGGGGAGAAUGACAUUCUGGAAGCAGCUUCAUUAGGUCAGGCAGCAUCUGCCCAGGAAGGUUUGAGCCCAGAGAAAAAAGAGAUAGAUGUGACUUCACUAGAAAGGGAAGAAUCAGAGUCUGAACAGCAGACCACUCCUCAUCUUGAUGUCCAAAGAGAAAAGGAGGAAAAUGAGCCAGAACCAGCUGUUUCUCUUUCUGAACCUCCGAUAGUAGAAGAACCACAAAAAGAAGAAAAAGAAGCUUCUCUACCAACAGCUGCUAUCCCUGAACCUACAGAUUCUAAUUUAGUAGAAGAAGAGAUAAAAGAACUUGAUUAUCUGGAAAGUCCAUUUGUUUCUGAGGAGUCCUUCCCACCGCAUAUGGCCCCUGAAGUGGAGCAGAAGGAAGAGGAGCCCAGUCUAGCCACACCAGCUACAUCAACACCUGAACAUGUUAUUUUAUCUGAGGAAGAAAGAGAGGAAAUUGAGUCUGUUUCUACAGACUCUGCUUUUGCAUCAGAGUACUCAGUACCACAGGAUUUGAACUAUGAACUGGAGAAACGAGAACUUGAACCAAUAUCACCUGCUGAUGUAAAAACUGAAUCCGAACGUGAAGUCUUCUCAGAUGAGAAUGAGGAAUUUAAAUCUUAUUCCCCAGCUUCAGCCUCUGUAUCUGAACACUCUCUGUCACCAGUCACAACUGAGAAGCCUUCUGAAUGCCAGUCACCACAGUUCUCAGUAGGGACCUCAGAACACACAGUUCUAUCUGAAGAAGAGGUUUCAGAAAGUGGGAAUUUCACGCCAGAUUCCACAUCUGCAUUGGAAGAGACAGUUCCUUCACUCACAACAAAAGAACCAGUAAAGCAGAUGGUUGACCAGAAGUCCCCAUUAAAAUCAAAAGGUGUUUCUGAGCAUACCAUUUUGUCAGAAGAAGAAAAGGAAGACACUGGAUUAUUUUCCCCAGAGGACAAUGUGGCCUCUGAGUCUAAACCCUCUGUCUCACCAUCCACAACUAAGAAAACUUUGGAAUUCCAGCCUCCCCUUUCCCCCACAGCUAUAGGAGAACACACAAUUGUGUCUGAACAAGAGGCCUCAGAAAGUGGGCAUUACAUGCCUGAUUCAGUACUGACUUCCCAAGGUGCAGUUCCACCAGAUGUAACAUCAGAAUCCCCACAGAAAAUAAUUGAUGUAUCCCCAUUAAAAUCAAAGGGUGAUUUUGUGCACACCAUUCUGUCAGUUGAAGAGAAGGAAGAGAUGGGUCUACAUUCCCCAGAGUUGGGCACUGUGUCAGAACCAUCUCUUCCACCACACAUGGCUGAGAUGACUUCUGAAUGCAAGGCUCCACAAUUUCCUGCCACUCCCUCUGAAACUGUGGGCCUAUCAGAAGAGACAGCAGAAAUGGAGCGAUACACACCCUCCUCCACCUCUGCUUCUGAGUUUUCAAUCCCACCACCAGAAACACAGGAGGAAAUUGAUCAUGGAUCCCCCCUAAAUCUAAAAGGCAUCUCUUCCCCAACAAAUUUCUCAGAAGAAGAACAAGAAGACAUUGGACCCUUUUCUCCAGAUUCAGCAUUUGCAUCAGAAUUCUCAUUCUCACCCUAUGCAAUGAGGGAAACAGAGAAAAGAGAAUUUGAAAAUGAUUCUCCAAUAUGUUUAACAUCACCAUCUGAACACACUAUUUUGUCAGAUGAAGACACAGAAGAAGCUGAUCUUUUUUCUCCGGACUCAUCAUCACAAGUUUCAGUUCCACCAUAUAGAAUCCCAGAGACAAAGGAAAGUAAAAUUGAGCCUGAUUCUUUGUUGUCUGAUAUGUCUACUUCAGCAUAUUCCUACUUCUCAGAAACAGAAAAGGAAGAUAUUAUAUCAACAGCUGCUACACCUGUGCCUGAACAUCUCAAAAUGUCUACAUCUGAAGACUUUAGUCAGUUACAUAAAUCAGAGGAAGCAGAAACUCAGCCUAAUGUGCAAGCUCCCACAGCAUCUGUAUCUGAGUAUCUUGUCUCAGCACAGAAGCAGGGAACUCAAGCGUCUUCAGAACCCAAAACUGAGGAAAUGAUUCUACCAUAUCCAACUAGUGAAUCAGAGAAGGGAGAAAUUAAGGCUAGUUCGUCAGUAGCUGCAACAUCUGUUUCCUUACCUGUACAAGCAUCCAUGGUAGACCAAGAAACCAAAUCUGCAUCUCAGCAUUUGGUUUCACCCGAUUCAGGCCAGACAAAUAAAGAACAAGAACACAAAGCAUCCCUUACUCCAAACACUGCAAAUGAACAGAUGGAUUCAUUCAAAGUUAAAAGUAAGGAAGCAAUUGUGCCCGAUUCUCAAGAAACUAUUGCACAUGUAUCACAAGAUCAAGAAAUAGAGCCUAAGUCUCCAAAUGUUCCGGGUUCUGAGAUGAAAUAUUCAGUUCUUUCUGACUUGGUAGAUGAGCCAAAGGAGGAUGUAAAACCCAAUUUAGUUCCAACUGCGACAUCUGAACUAGAUCAUAGAAUGUUAUUAGAGAAUGAGCCUGAAAUAAAACAACCAUAUUCUCCUCUAAAGGAAACAUCUUCAUCUGGGCCUGAGGCUUUAUCAGCAGAGAAAACAGAAGUAAAACCUGAUUCUGAAAUAACAGUUACACCUGGAGUGCUCCAUUCAGCUUCACUGGGAAUUGAAAAGGAAACUAAACAUGGACCACCUGCACAAGAAUUCUCAGCUUUGUCAGAAGAAAUAAAGAAAGAAGUUGAAUCCAGCUCUUCAGUAACUGCAUCAGCCACUAAGCAAGAUUCCAGUUCAACCGAAUUAGCAAAGGAAGACAUCCCAGCAGAUUCCCUGCUUUCCAGUCCCCGAGAGCAACCGGUAUUAACAAAAGCAGGAAAGAGUGAAUUAGGAAGUGGUUUGUCACCAGUGACAACACCUAUAGAUGAACAUUCAGUCCUGAAAGAAGAAGAGAAAGGAGCAAUUAAAGAUAGUUCUUCUCCCACUGAAACUACUCCCUCCAAACAUUUGGCUUGGUCAGAAGUAGAGAAGGAAAUUAAGUAUGAUUCACCUUCAAGCAUAUCCUCCAAAUUAGAACAUUCUGUCAUACUAGAGGUAGAAACUGAAGAAGUAAAACCUGGGUUGCCAAUAACCAAAACAUUGUCUACUCAGCACUCAGAUGUGCCUAAGGAAGCUAGGGUGGAAAAUGAACAAAGUAUUUCUUUUUCUAACAUCCUUGACUCUGAACAUUUGGUUGUAUCCCAGAAAGAGAAAUAUGUGUCUUCGUCAAAGGCAUCAGAACCUGAACACAAGCUUUCAUUCCAACUAGAAGAUGAGACAAAGGAAAAAGAAACAGAAAUUACUUCCUCAGAGAAUGUGUCACUUGCCCCCAAACAUACAGUUCCUAAAGUUGAAACUGAAGAAAUGGCAAGAUCUUCUCUUGAGUUGGAAAAUCUAAUGUCAGAAGAGGUAGCUCCAGCAUUCCCGACCUUCAGUGAUCAUCAGAAUAAACAGGCAGUGGAGACAGCAGAUGCUACAGAAACACAGAUGAAGGAAGCCCUUCAUUCUCCACAGGGAGUAGAGCCAGAAGGAGAUGUGGCAAGUUAUCCUGAAGAGAGACAACCACAAUGGGGAUCCAUGAAGUUGGGCUUCUCCAACAGCAGUGAUGCUCAGAUAACAGGGCAGCUCAAGCCUGUUCAGUCCCAUGAAGACCAGGCAGAUAAAAUCAGAAAGCAGGUUCUACCAAGUUCUGCUGAAGAAUCUGAUUUCUCAUUACAAGAACCAAAAUCUUUAUUUCGUACUGAAACUAUAGAGACAGAUGAAGUAGAGAAAAACCAGAUUCAUUCUUUGGUGGGAGGUAAAACUCUAUUAUCAGAGAAAGAAAAAUCUGAAUUUUCCAGGUCUCUCAAGGAAGACAGUCAGAAAGAAGUCAAACCUCUUCCUGAGAGAAUUAACCAGAAAUCAGUAUCUGGACCUUCAGUGGAACAAGUCAGAUCAGAAAUGAUGCCCUCUCCUGCUAGAGUGGCCCAUUUCACCAUAGAAGGUGUGAGAUCUACUCUGGACAAUGAAAAAGAAGUAAAUAGGCAGACAUCCGUACCUGGAGAGAAGCCACCAGAAGACUCAAAACUAAUUCUGUCCAAGGUUGUAGAUGAUACUAAUGAGCAAGGGAAAGCAGCACCAGAAGUGAGAAUACCCACUUUGGUAAAAUCCCUCUCCUCAAGCCCGGAUAGUGAAUCCCCUGAAUCACCUGAGAUGACGCAAAAGCUGCCGAAACAAUCAGAAGCAGCUGAGUCAGUCAUCUCUGAGGAAAAGGGAAAGAAAGGAAUUUCAUCUUUUACAUCAUGGAUGUCCAGUUUGUUUUUUGGAUCUAGCACUCCAGAUAACAAAGUUGCUAAAAAAGAUGUAGACACUCAGUCGAGUCCAUCUGUAGAAAAAGUGGGAACUGUGGUAGAUUCUAAAGGUCCAGCUCCGGCUGAUUUUACAGAAAAACCAGCUGCUGAUCACCUAAUGCCAGAGGCAAAACUUAAUGUUGCUGAAGAACCCAGUGGUAUUUCAGUCAAAUCUGAAGAAGGUCAAAACUUGAAAGAAAAACCCACAUUUUUGGCAAAUGUAGAAGUUUCACCACAGUCAAAAUCCAACUUGGAGGAAUCUGGUAAAGAUAAUUGGCAGAAAGAAAUCUUAGAUUCUACAGAAGAAAGGGAUCUAAACUUGACAGUUUCAUCUGCCAAUGGCAAGAAAUAUCAAGAAACUCAAUCUUAUACCCCCAUGAAUGAAAAAUCCAUUAUGGAAGAAGCCAAAAAUGAGAUUCCUAUUCAUGUCACUGAUAGUAAAAAAGUACAGGAGCGAGAAAUUUCUCCAUCUGAAUGGAAUAUUUCUAUUCUAAAGGAAGAGCCAAGAAUUGAUCAAAAAGAAACAUCACCCUUUUCCUUUGAUGUAGAUACGGUGCAAGAGCCAAAAUUAGCUUCAUCUAACUUCACAAGUAAAAAUAUCAUGAGGGAAUCUGUGAAGUCAGAGUCAAUAAUUUCUCCAAUUGAAGAAUCUAAAGGCAGUUUAAUUGAUCUUGGUGAAGACAUACUAAAGAAAGAAAUGCCAAAACCAACUUCCUUGAACAUUUCUGGUGAGGAACUAAAACUCAGCUCUCUUAGCCCAACAGAAGUGAAAGAUCACUUAGAAACCAGAUCAUUUUCCUCAGAAAAGAAGGUACUGGCAGAAAAGCAAGAAACCGUGGGCCCAUUCGACCUUGGACAUAAUAAUGAAAUAGAGAAGGUACAAAUUAUACAUGGAUCUGGCCCCAUUAAAUUGGAAGAAUCAAAAGCUGCUGCUGUGCUGCCGCAAUUCUGUCAAAAUGAAGACCACAAGGAGAGCUACACAAUUAUUGAGGAGGAGAAGAGAGAAGAAAAAGAAAGGCAAUCCCAUGUAUUCCAAGAAGAAAAGAAGCAGCAGGAGAUAGAGCCUUAUUCUGUGACUGGAGCCAAGUUUAAGCCUGAAGAAUCAGCUAUAUCUUUAGAUCAUUCUUUGGGUGAAGCACAACCAUCUUCAUUAGUUAAAGCUGCAUCUGUUACGGAAAAACCAGAAACCACAAUUUUAGAGACUUACCCCCAAAUUAGGGAAACAAAGGCAAUAGAGACUCAACCACAGCUAUUAAAAGAAACUGAAGUUUUGGUGGAGAAAGCCAAGACCUCCUUUCCAGGGGAUCUUCCUUAUCAUGAAGAAAUAGUUGACAGAUCUUUACCUAACAAAGACAACCUGGUAUCGGUAAAGCCAAGCAGAGAUGUGAUGAGUCAUAGUGAAGAAAAGGGAGAGGUCACGGUGUCAGAUUUUACAAAAAGUGGUUUGGUGGAUAUAACAAAAGAAAGUAUGAAGCAAAUGUCUCCAACUAAAGAAUCUGAAAGUAUUUUUGAUUAUUCUUUUGAUAAAACGAAGAGCAUAGAAACACCAUCCCAUUUGGUCUCACCUGUAGAACCACAAAAAUUUGCUUCAGGAGCUUCACCAGAAAUUAGUACAGAGAAGAAACAAGGAAUGCCAUGGUCAGAAAUUACUGUAGAUAAGCAUACAGUCCACACCAUUCAAACUUCUAGGGAUCAAACAUCUGAAGUAUCUAAACAGUCUGUUCUCAUGUCAAAGCACCACUUGGAAGAUGUAGAAAGUGCUCCUGUAAAUGAAUCAUACUCUUCACCAGAGAGGAAUUACACUGAAUUUAUAACAAAUGCAUCAAAAACUGAUGCUGAUAAAAUGGUUUCUACUAAACAAAUAUCUAAAGAGCCCACUGAUAUAUAUGUAAAAGGUGACAAAUUCACAGUGACCAGUAAGCCAGCUGGACUUUCAGAAGAUCAGAAGAGUGCCUUCAGAGUCAUUUCUGAAGGUUGUGAGAUACUGAACAUUCAUGCUCCUGCAUUUAUUUCUUCUGUUGAUCAGGAAGAAAGUGAACAAAUGCAAGAUAAGUUAGAAUAUUUGGAAGAGAAAUCCUCAUUGAAGACAAUUAUGCUCCAUGAUACUAAUGAGACUGCUGCUUGUCAUAAAACAUUAAAGAGUGAGUUAGAUGAUUCUGAUAGAAAAGUUACAUCAUUGAAAGAAAAUAAACCAAGGGAAGCUUAUAACACACAAGAGGAGAUGACCACAGAUUCAGAAACUGGUGACUUAGCCUUUAGCCAGCCUACAAUUCCCAGUGAAGAGGAUUAUUUUGAAAAAUAUACAUUAAUUGAUUAUAACAUCACCCCAGUACAAGAAGAGCAGAAAGAUCCAUGGAAACUAAAUGUUGAAGCAGAACUUUCAAAGGAGGCUACAGAAGAAGCAACGUCUUUUCCAGAAAGUUCAGAGGAAAGUGCCUUAGAACAUGAAUAUGAGUUGGUCAAACUAGAUGAAAGUUUUUAUGGAAUGGAAAAAGACUAUAGCCAAUAUUCUCUUUCAGAGACCCAAAAGUCUCUGGAUAUCCAAACAUCAGCUGACAGAGAUGCUCCAAAGGGCAUAAAUAGAGAUGUGGACUCAAAGUCACCUGGAAUGCCUUUGUUUGCUGAAGAGGAAGGAGUUUUGUCACCAACACAGAUAUUUUCUGCCACUCCUAAACCCAUUAACCCCGAACUCCUGGAAGAACCACCUGCGCUUUCGUUUUUAUACAAGGAUCUAUAUGAAGAAGCAGUUGCAGAGAAAAAGAAGGAAGAGGAGACAACUUCUGAUGGUGACAGUGUGAAUUCGGAGGCAUCAUUUCCUAGCAGAAAUUCUGACACUGAUGAUGGAACAGGACUAUAUUUUGAGAAGUACAUACUCAAAGAUGACAUUCUGCAUGACACAUCUGUAACUCAAAAGGACCAAGGCCAACGUCUUGAAGAAGAAACAGUUGAUAAGGAUGAUUCCUACCAACUGAUACCUGCAGAAGGGGAAGUUGGGGAUAAGUUUGAAACUAUUUCAGGGGAGAAGAGUUUUGGAAAGGACCAGAAAGCACUUUACAGGGAAAGAGAACCAGUGGGCCAUGUGGAGAUCAAGGAAACGACACAUAUGAAAACUCCUGUCACUGAGGAAGUCACAGUGGUUAGCCAGAAGAUAAGCUAUGCAGUUCCAUUUGAAGAUACACAUAAUGUCCUGGAGACAGUAGAUGAAACAAGCAGUCAGGGUAAUGAAGCAGGAAGUGCUAGUCCAGAGGUCAAUCUGAAUGUCCCAGUAGAGGUGUCCUUCUUAGAGGAAGAAUUUGCAAUGGGUGCGACUUGUAUUCAAGAAACUUUGCAAGAAGAAUCAAAACCAAUGAUCCCACCUGAGCCAAGUGAAGCUAGGCCCCGCAAUAGCCCUGUUCAGGAUGAGUAUGAAUUUGCUGAAUCCCUGAGUUAUGAAGUGGUUACUCAAGACAUUUUAUCAGAAGAACGACAUUCAGAGCCCCUGCCUGAAGAUACAUCUCAAGAAAAGGAAUCCUUUGAAUUCAUCAGUGAAAAUGAAUUUGUGAAUCAAGUGGAACAAAGUAUGUCUACUGAACCAAAAGAGUUGGACAGAGAGAAGACAGAACAAGAUCAAGUCUCACCAGAGUUAGUAAUGGAAGAUGAUCAAAAAGAAUCCAAAAAGACCCAGGUUGACACAUACUGCUACACCUGCAAAGGUCUAAUUUCUGCUGCUGACAAGCUUCUUGGCACCCAUAAAGACCACGAGGUUUCAACGCUUGACACAGCUAUAAGUGCUGUAAAGGUUCAGUUAGCAGAAUUUCUAGAAAAUUUACAAGAAAAGUCUUUGAGGAUUGAAGCCUUUGUUACUGAGAUAGAAUCCUUUUUUAACACCGUUGAGGAAAACUGUAGUAAAAAUGAGAAAAGGCUAGAAGAACAGAAUGAAGAAAUGAUGAAGAGAGUUUUGGCACAGUAUGAUGAGAAGGCCCAGAGCUUUGAGGAAGUGAAGAAAAAGAAGAUGGAAUUCUUGCAUGACCAAAUGGUCCAUUUUCUGCAGAGUAUGGAUACUGCCAAAGACACCCUGGAGAGCAUAGUGAGAGAAGCAGAGGAGCUUGACGAGACUGUGUUCCUGACUUCUUUUGAGGAAAUCAAUGAAAGGUUGCUUUCUGCAAUGGAGCGCACGGCUUCUUUAGAGGACAUGCCUGCUGCGUUUUCGCUUUUUGAACAUUAUGAUGACAGCCCGGCAAGGAGUGGCCAGACGUUACAAGUGGCUGUCCCACAGCCUCCAAGGUUAGAGCCUCAGGAGCCCAAUUCUGCCACUAGCACAACGAUUGCUGUUUACUGGAGCGUGAACAAGGAAGAUACCAUUGACUCAUUCCAAGUUUACUGCAUGGAGGAGCCACAAGAUGACCAAGAAAUAAAUGACUUGGUAGAAGAGUACCGAGUGACAGUGAGAGAAAGCUACUGCGUGUUUGAAGACUUGGAGCCUGACCGCUGCUAUCAAGUGUGGGUGAUGGCUGUGAACUUUACCGGGUGUAGCCUGCCCAGUGAAAGGGCCAUUUUCAGAACCGCACCUUCCACCCCGGGGAUCCGGGCCGAGGACUGUACUGUGUGUUGGAAUACAGCCACAGUCCGCUGGCGGCCUGCUAACCCAGAGGCCACGGAAAGCUACACACUGGAGUAUUGCAGACAGAACUCUCCAGAGGGGGAGGGCCUCAGAUCAUUUUCUGGAAUUAAAGGACUGCAGCUGAAAGUUAACCUUCAACCUAAUGAUAAUUACUUUUUCUAUGUGAGAGCCAUAAAUGCAUUUGGGACAAGUGAACAGAGUGAAGCUGUCCUCGUUUCCACCAGAGGCACACGAUUUCUCUUAUUGAGAGAAACAGCUCAUCCUGCUCUGCAGAUUUCUUCAAAUGGGACCGUGAUCAGCUUCGCUGAGAGGAGACGGUUGACGGAAAUCCCAUCUGUGCUGGGUGAGGAGCUGCCUGCUUGUGGCCAGCAUUACUGGGAAACCACAGUCACAGACUGUCCAGCGUAUCGACUUGGCAUCUGCUCCAGCUCGGCUGUGCAGGCCGGUGCCCUGGGACAAGGGGAGACUUCAUGGUACAUGCACUGCUCUCAGCCACAGAGAUACACAUUUUUCUACAGUGGCAUAGUGAGCAACGUUCAUGUGACAGAGCAUCCCAACAGAGUGGGUAUUCUGCUGGACUACAUCAACCAGAGGCUGGUUUUCAUAAAUGCUGAAAGUGGACAGUUACUCUUUAUCAUUAGGCACAGGUUUAAUGAGGGGGUGCACCCUGCCUUUGCCCUGGAGAAACCUGGAAAAUGUACUUUACACCUUGGGAUAGAGCCCCCAGAUUCUGCAAGGCACAAGUGAACAUUGACCUCCUGUUUGCCAGAAUAAUAAUUCAAAUAUUGAAGGGUUUGUGUUUCUUUACCUGGGAUGAUGUACAUCAUUCAAAAUGUCUCCCACACCUUUGCACUAAUGAUAGCUACACUCAGAGUGGUCAGAACAUGAGCAAAACCACCAAGAAGACCAACUCUCAAGAGCAGUAUGAGUAAAGAAGGUGGAGAAAAGAGUCUUCGACUUAUGUUUGUGCUCUUCGUGGAAUUAAAAAAAAAUUAUGCCUGGCUUGGCAAUCAAACAGAGAAAUGGUUUUCCACCUGUUUUAUUAGUAAAGGAAAUCCUCAGUGGACAGGUAUAGAGCAAAGAAAAGAUUAUGCUGUCAACCAUCUCCUCUGACAAGAGAAAGACUUUUUCCACAAGAAAAAUGUCACUUCACUUCACUAAUGGAUGAUGAAUCCUAAUCAUCAGAGAGAGAGAGAGAGAGAGAGAGAGAGUUUAAAACUAUUCUAAACUGAUAAUGAACUCUUUUGUAAUAAUGCAUACUGUAGAACUGGAGUCUCUUUCCCUUGACAUUUCAAAUGUAGAAAAGUGCUAGAUACUAGAAAUUUCCAUUUUGUUAAAUAAAUGGUAGAGUCUAUAAAACAGAGCGUAUUAUGUGACUUUAUUAUUAGUAAUUUACCAGCCAGUUUGGCAUCUCUGGACUGAGAUAAGCUGCAGAGUAGAUAACCAUCACAUUUCAGUGGGUUGUGCUAUGAUAAAUUUUCAUGCGAGAGUUUUACAUGCAUUUGUUUUGAAGUUCAGAUACUUUCAUCCUGUAGUUAUAGUCAUCUGCAAG